UUAUCCCCACUCUUUACCACAACACCAAAACAAAGAACGUCAGCCAUUGCCAUGUUCAAACCAAUCCUUCGUGCCUCGCCUCGAGGCAUUUUCUCUGCUCCCCGCCAGUUGCGCACACUGGCCACAAAGAAACAACAUUCUCUCCCCGCCUCUUAUUACCGCGGAGGAACUUCCCGCGCCGUCUUCUUCAAGCAGAACGACCUCCCGCAUGGCCGAGAGGAAUGGGAUUACAUUUUCCGCAGUGUAAUUGGCAGCCCCGAUCCAUAUAGUCGCCAGCUGGAUGGUAUGGGAGGUGGUAUUUCAAGUCUCUCCAAAGUCUGCGUGGUGGGCAAAUCCACGCAUCCCGAUGCCGAUGUGGACUACACCUUCAUCGCAUUGGGCGUAAACACGCCUGAAGUUGACUAUUCGAGCAACUGCGGCAAUAUGAUUAGUGCUGUCGGUCCUUAUGCCGUCGAUGCUGGUCUCUUUUCACCUACCGGUGAUGCCAGCUUAGUGGCAGUGCGCAUUCACAACACCAACACCGGCAAGAUCAUUCACUCCUCGUUUCCCAUUGUCGAUGGAGAGGCCGCAACAAGCGGCGACUUUUCCAUUGAUGGAGUUGCGGGCACAGCAGCUCGCGUACAGCUGGACUUUGUUGAUCCCGCUGGGUCCCGGACGGGCAAGCUUCUUCCCACAGGGCAAGUCCGGGAUACAUUCGACGGCGUUGCGGCCACCUGUAUAGACGUCGCAAACCCAUGCGUUUUUGUCCGGGCGGCUGAAUUGGGCGUUCCGGGAAAUAUGACACCGGACGAGAUCGCGGUGCAUCCCGAUCUGCUGCCGCGUCUGGAUUCUAUCCGCCGUCAGGCAGGUGUCAAGAUGGACUUGGCUGAGACGCUGGAGAAGGUGCCAGGCAGCGUUCCCAAGAUUUGUCUUGUCUCUUCAUCGGCCAAUGAUACCCGGGCCAAGGAGCAGAAUCAAACAACUGAGAAGGUUGAUCUUGUCGCCCGUGCUUUGUCCGUCGGUCAGCCGCACAAGGCAGUGCCUAUCACUGUUGCGCUGGCUCUGGCAUCUGCUGCGCGAUUGUCGGGCAGUACGGUAAAUGAAGUGGCAAGCACUGACCGAGUUGAUGCUGCUGGCGUUACGAUUGGACAUGCUAGUGGGAAUCUACUGGUUGGAGCGACGUUCGAUAAGAAUGGUGGCUUGAACGCUGCUACAGUGUUUCGGACGGCGCGUCGGGUAUUUGAGGGUCGGAUAUUCUGGAAGAAUGAAUCGUAAACUUUUUGUCGGAUGAAUAUGACAAUUGUAAAUAGUGUAGAUUUGAUCAAACUGUAUAUUUCAUUUUGUGGUACAGCUUUCUCAGACAAUGUACAAGAACAGAUAUGAUCCAACG